AUGAAUUUAUCAAUUUCUGAUUUUAAAGCAUCGAAUGUUUAUCAAUCAACAAAUGGAGAAUAUAUACAAGGUCAAGAUAUAAAUAAAGAAUACUUGAAACAACACCCAAUCGGUCAAUCAUACAGAAUUGAAGAAUGUAAACGUGGAUUAAAUUUAAUCAUUGAUAGAAAUAAUGAACAUUAUAGUGAAGAGAAAGAUUUGAUAUUUAGAACUAUUGGUAGAAUUGUACCUUCAGAUGAAAUAUUGGACAUAUUGAAACCUGAUGAUUUGAAGAUUCCUAUGAUUAGUCGAGAAGAAAUUGAUUUACCGGAUUCGGACUUGUUGAAACUGAUUCAUUAUUUCAUGAGUAAAAAGCUUACUACAACCAAAUUUAAAAGAAGUAGAUUUAAUAAAUUUUAUUCUAUUCAAAGAGAAAGUCUCGAUGAAAAAGUGUUGUUAACUAUGGGGAUGUUAAUUGAACAAUGGUGUGAUGAUUUAAUUAGUAAAGAUAUGUUAAAAAUGUUUAUUGAAGAAGAAGAUGAAGAUGAUGAGAUCGUGGAGGAGGAGGAGGAGGAUUUAGAUAAUAUAGAUCCUACUUUGAAUGGAGAGGAAGCUGGAAAUCGUAGUGAAUCUGACGAGUAG